GGUGAAGUUGGCUCAAUAAUUACGCCACAGCGGCAGCGCUGUACGAUCAAGUGGUCACUAGUCAGCGACUAAAAUUAUAAAACAACGUCGUUUUAGUUCGCUGACAUUGAUUUUUCCUAAUAACCGUAUUAUGGCACAAAGAAGCCGGAAAUUAGAGAUGGAAGAGGAGCUCAACGGCGUCCUUCCGUGCUCUUCGCUCGCCGUUGAUUCCAUCCUUCGAGUAGGAACGGCAGGUGGGAUAUGGGGCUCAUGCAUAGGUCCGUACGAUGCACGCAAAAGAGGCUUGAGUGGCAAAGCUCGUACUUCCUUCGUUGCAAAGUCAAUCGGAAAAUUCGGCUUUCAAUGUGGUUGUAACUUUUUUCAUUCUUCCUUGUCUGCAUCUCUAUCAUCUCGUGUUCUUCAGGGCUUGUUGCUGGAGUUUUUACUUUUUCCCGUUGUGGAAUUGAAAGAUACAGGAAAAAGGAUGACUGGGUGAAUGCUUUAAUUGCGGGUGCUAUGGCAGGGGCAGCUGUUGCUGCCGGGACACGAAGUUGGACCCAGGUAGUUGGGAUGGCUGGUGUGGUUUCUGCCUUCAGUGUUGCUGCUGACUACUCCAAAACAGUUUAAAGUUUGAAAAAGUAUAUGAUGCUGGAAAACUAGCUGAGGAGGAGUUGAUCUGCAGCAUUGUGUGUGACAUACAACAAUCACUAAUCUUCAAUUCAUGCCUCUUUACUUGAUCUUUCAUAUAACUCCACGAGGAUUGUUAUCUGAUAUAUUUGAUGUCGAAUUUAGAAUAGGUUGAUUCACUUCCAAUUUUGUUUACUCAAAAAAGCUAAAUAAAUUGUUAUUUUUGUUUAA